AUGGACGCAAUUGAAUCCGGGACUAGUGAACCGACUAUUGAUACUUCCGCUAAAACAUAUAUCAAAGCAAACUCUUCACCUAUCAUUAUUAAUGAGACACUCGAAUGUGAGGAAAAAUUAAAAACUCAAAAAUCAGCACCAUCUUACUUCCACUCUUUGAGAGAAAAUGAAGCACCACCAUUUAAAAGGCCAGAAAAAGAUGAGAAGCCGCAUGUUAUGGCUGGUGAACUUGUCACAGAAAAAGAUGUAGUUAGAAUGAUCGCUAUAGCAGAUGCAGAAACUAAUAUGGACUUCAGAAAAUAUUUGGGUGAUUAUCUAGUUGACAAGAACGUAGUCCUCAGUCACCAUCUAUCUGAAAAAAUGUUUGUCAUCAAUUUACUUUUGGAAACAAUAGAUUACUCAGCGCAGCGGAACUUCAACGCGUUUAAAUUAGCUUGCUUAUUAACGAUCUACUUAAAAACCCAUUUAUACUACAAACUAUACUACUGGUCACCGCCUGCUGCGGUGUGGGAAUAUUUUAAGGAAACAAUGAUUCGUCAUACUGUCGAGGAUUCUCCGGACGGAUGUGAAGUUUUUGCA